AUGACGUACAUACAUGUUUCUUUCUAGUUCUAAUCUAAACCGUGCUCAAAUUAAAGUUCAAGUACCGUCCGUCAGCGUCACAAGUAGAUGCAAUACGUCUCGUCACUUGACGCAGGCCCUGGUAUGCGAGUUAUUAAUGUGGAAGCAGAUGCUUAACACUGAUAUACGUGCACAAUCUGAUAUACGUGCACAAUCUUGCCCGGUGACGAAUGCACUCAAGCUGUGACGGUAACUGAGCAAUCGCUGGGAUAAGGUCCACCCAUGGAUGUAGACGAGCAGCUAGAGGACGCUUUCGAAGCGGCAUUCGCUGAGGAUGAGGCUGCGGGCGCCGAUGACGCGCCCGCGACAGCGGGAGAUGCCGGGGACGGCCAGGAUGGCCAGAACAUUGCAGACUUUCUAGAAGAGGACGAUUAUGACGACCACGAGGGCUCUGCCCGGGGGGAGCCUUCCCGUCAGGCCGGUGGGGACGGAACCAUGCAGGUCUUCCACCUGCUGCGCGAAGGGCCGCAGGGCAGUGUUGCACAGCCCGAGACUACCCCGGCGCCGGACGCGGCGGCUGCCUACAAGAAAGAGGUGUUCGAUUCGCUGACCGAGGAGCAAAAGAACCGCUAUGAGGUAUUCAUGCGCUCGUCACUGCCAAAGCCGAAGAUGAAGAAGCUGAUGCAGGCUAUCCUCCUCAAUGCGGUGCCCAAUGAGAAGGCGGUCAUCGCGAUGUGCGGCAUCAGCAAGCUGUUCGUGGGGGAGCUGGUGGAGCUAGCCCGCGUGUGUGCCUCCCAGGAGGCUCACACCGGGCCGCUGCUGCCCAGACACGUGCACCGGGCCUACCAGCAGCUGGGGUUGCAGGGCAAGCUGCCGCACCGCAACAACGCACGACGCAUGUUUCGGUGAUGACCGACCUACCUGGGUCUGCAGGUAGCCAGCCACUGCGGCUGUGGCAACAAGGGCGGCGGCGGUUGUAGCACAUGUAAAUUGGUUGAUAGGCGCACACCGCAGUUGUUUUCAUUGUAUGGACCUCACAACCUGCUGUGGACUUGGAUUCAUUCUUGGCUGACCCGGGGGAUAGAUGACGCGGCGUAUUAUCCUGGAUAGCGCUCUUCCCUCAGUACCCAAAACCAACCAGCUGGGGAUAGUCUGCACAGCUGGGGAUGGUUCACCCAGCCGAUCCACCCAGCCGCCAUCAGCUGCCGCCUCGGUGUAUAGCGCACCAGCGCGCGAAAGCAAACUGCAUUGUGUGGCUCUUUUUCCUACAUUCCGCUUCUUUCCUUUCCUGGGGUGGGGUGAUAGCCGCGGUCAGGGCGGUUUUUGCAGGUCGGAGCACGUCGUUUUGGGUUGGUGCCGCUCCCGGAGGUGGGGGCAGGUGCGGACUGAGAGCGAUGGUGGUGGUGGUGUGGUUGGUAGCCUUGCUGGGGAAGCUGGGGAAAGGAGUGUCAUAAGAAAGGAGCGGUGGUUGGUAGUGACAGUGGCUGAAGAUAUAUGCAGCGCAGUGCGUGAGUAGGUGCGUGUGGGAGAAUGCGUUGUGCGUGGAUUGUGUGUUGUGUGCGUGGAAAGCAGUGACAUGACGUAAUGGUCUGUAAGGCAACUCUCAACUGCCUAGAGAUGUAUUGCAUGAGAUGUUUGAGGAAUACCGACUAUUACUGUGGGAGGAGUGGCGGAAGGAGGAUAGACCAUGGCAGAAAGGGGAAGAGUGUGAGUGAGGGGGUGGUUGGGUGGGUUCAAAUCAUUCGUAUAUCAAUAGAUCAGGAAAC